AGGCCUCUAAGCAGUGUUCCGCGAGCGCUGAUGUGCGCUUGCGCGAUACCAAGACCCGGCGGGCAGUUUGAAUUUCACUCCCGGAGCCGGGUCUCGCCAUCCUGGGCUUCCGGUGGAGACUGGAGGGGUCUUCUCGCCUCGCGACCGCACUGAGUGGGCCCUUUGCUCCUGGAUCCGCAUAAGAGGCUUAAAGGAUGGCCUCCUCGGAUCUGGAACAAUUAUGCUCUCAUAUUAAUGAAAAGAUUGGCAAUAUUAAAAAAACUCUGUCAUUAAGAAAUUGUGGGCAAGAACCUACCUUGAAGACUAUAUUAAAUAAAAUAGGAGAUGAGAUCAUUGUAGUAAAUGAACUUCUAAAUAAAUUGGAAUUGGAAAUUCAGUAUCAAGAACAAACCAACAGUUCACUCAAGGAACUCUUUGAAUGUCUUGAAGAAGAUUAUAAAGAUGUGGAACAUCUCAAAGAAAACAUUCCUCCCCAUUUGCCUCAAGUAACAGUAACCCAGAACUUUGUUAAUGGAUCAGAUCUUGACCCUGAAGAACCCGUCAAAGUUGAAGAAGCUGCACCCACAAAGAAGCCCUCCAAAGAACAAAAAAAUGUUAAAGAAAUGCCAUUUGUAACUUCUGAUGAGUUUAGUGGCAUUCCUGCGUACAUGAAAUCACGCUUAACCUAUUGUCAAAUUAAUGACGUUAUUAAAGAAAUCAACAAGGCAGUAGUUAGUAAAUAUAAGAUCUUACAUCAACCAAAAAAGUCUAUGAGUUCUGUGGCCAGAAAUCUCUAUCACAGAUUUAUUGAUGAAGAAACGAAGGAAACCAAAGGCCAUUAUUUUGUAGUGGAAGCUGACAUAAAGGAGUUCACAGCUUUGAAAGUUGACAAGAGAUUUCACGUGAUACUGAAUAUUUUACGACACUGCCGGAGGUUAUCAGAGGUCCGAGGGGGAGGACUUACCCGAUAUGUUAUAACAUAAGGCCCUUGUGAGCUUUUGAACCAGCCAACAGUAGGGGAUAGAGGCUAUUCCUAUAGUUUCCUUAUAUGUAAUUUCUUUAUAUAUAAUUUCUUUAGCCGUUUCAUUUUCAUUUUCUUUGUUUCUUGUAAAAAUAAAACUUAAAAAUAAAUAAAGCAUGUAUAUUUUAAAAUCUACUUCCUUACAGUAAAUAUUUAAUCACCUACCAUGUGAGCCUCUGUUCUAGGCAUAAAAAUGUUCAUAUUUAGUUUUUGUGCUUAGUGACAGUGCUGCUGACCCCAGUAAGACGGUUGCAAAUGUGAUAAUAAAAGUCAAAUUUCAAGAAGAUAAGAUCAAGGAUAUCCAGGCUCUUUGGAAUUAAAGGUCAUUAGUGUCUAAAUUCCACUAAUGAUAUUUCAGUCAAUAGGCAAAAGCUGGAUUUGGAGGCAGCCCAUCCACGUGGUUAUUCUGCUUUCCCAUGUGUGGUGAAGGAACAGCUUACCUGAAAUGCGUUCAGUGUAAAUCAGUCUGUAAACAUUGGCCUGUAAUGAAAUUGUAAUAAAAGUAUUUUGAGAUGAAAAAGAUGAUAAAAUAAGACGUGUAAGGUCAUGGAAAAUGAGUGGGUGGAUUGUAAGAAUUUAAUGGAGUUUCUUUUGCGCACUUAGGGAGGUUGUUAGUCUAUGUCUUAGUGAGCGUUCUCCAGAGAAACAGAACCAAAAGGCUGUCUAUCUAUCUAUGUCUACCUCUAUAUCUAUCUAUCAUCUAUCUGUCUUUUUAUCUAUCUAUCAUCUAUCUAUUGACUGUCUCUUCUAUCUCUAUCUAUCUAUCUAAUUCUCUCUCUCCUAUCUCUUCUAUCUAUCUCCCCAAUCUAUCUAUCUCUCUGCCUAUCCAUUCUAUCUAUCUAUCUAUCUAUCUAUCUACCUAUCUAUCUAUCUAUCUAUCUGCCUAUCUAUCUAUGGAGAUUCAUUAUGAGGGAUUGGCUCAUGUGAUCAUGGAGGCUGAGAGGCCCUCAGGUCUGCUGUCCGCAAGCUUAUGGAUUAUGGAGGCCCAGGAAAGCUGGUGAUGUGAUUCAGUCUGAGUGUGAAGGCCUGAGAAACAGGGGAGCCAGGCCAGAGCAGAUGAGACGAGAUGUUACAGCUGAGCAGUGAGGCAGGAAAAAAGAGCAAAUUCCUCCUUCCUUCCUCCUCCUUUUGUUCUGUUCACGUCGUGGAUGGACGAGAGGACGCCCACCCACACAGGGGAGGGUAGUCUGUUUCACUGAGUCCACUGAUUCCAAUGCUUAUGAUUUGGUUUAGCUGUACCAUCUGGUUUGUAGGAAACACAAGGAAUAGAGAAAAAAGUUAAAUGUCAUCAUGAAGAAGCAAUCAGACAAAUCCAGAUAUGACAUAAGUAAGGUGAUGUCUUAAACACAAGUCAGUAACAGAAAAUAAUAAAGGGCUCCUGUUCUAGAUUAAAAGACUAAGAGCUUAGUCAAAUAUAAACUGUGAACCUUGAUUCAGUUUGAAAAAAAGAUUGAUGGACAAUUAUAGAAAUUUUAAUAUAGGUUGUGUAUUAGAUGCUGUGAGAGAACUAGUAUCCGUUUUCUUAGUUAUGAUAAUAGUCAUGGUUAUGAAGGAGAGUAUCCUUAUUUUCUGCAGGUGCAUCUGAGGUAUUUAUUUAGGGAUAAAACAAUAUGCUUUAAAAUGGCUAAGCAAUAUAAUUGGAUACAUACAUACACACAUAGAGCGGAUAUGGUCAAGUGUUGUUUGAUCUAGCUGAUGGUUAGAACAGCAU